CACAAAAUAGCACUGAGUGGCGUUUCGAGCGUUGUCAAAUUUAUUUCCCAAUUAUUCAAUAAUACUGCUUUCCUUGAGAAAAGAGACGAUAUUGUUAUUGCAGGUUGCAUUUGACAAAUCGAAACGUAUAAAAAUGUUAAUCAAAACAUUUCAAAAAAUGCUAACUCCAGCAGGACAAAAGUGGUUGUACAAUAUUUCUGGUUUUAAUAAAUACGGAUUAAUGCGCGAUGAUCUACGGACCGAACUUGAUCCAGAUGUAGCAGUAGCAAUAAGUAGACUUCCAGAUCAUAUAAAAGAUGAACGUAAUUUCCGCAUAAUAAGAGCAAUGCAGUUGGAUGCAAUGAAAAGAAUUCUCCCCAAAGAACAAUGGACUCAAUACGAAGAUGAUGUAUUAUAUCUUACCCCAAUAGUAGAUGAAGUUAUUAAAGAGCGAGAAGAAAAAGAACAAUGGAAUAUGGAAUAAAAUUGAUAUUAGAAACGUA